AAGAAAGACCAGCUUGCUCAGCGCAACACUCAACCGAACACUCGCAUGACCUUCCACCCGAGAUGGCACCUCUCGGCUACGUCUCAAAAUAUAUUUCCUCCCAGACCGCGUCGCUCGUGAACGUAAAACAUUGGUCAAACGGAUGUUCCACGGCAGAACUCGAGGGACGAAAGAAAGACAACGCGGAGCACGUCUCAAUUCCGACUCUUCACAUGAACUCUCCGAUUCUAUUGAACAACGGGACAUCUUAACACACGCGAAGAUAUUACGGUGGGAGAAGGGGGCAACCUAGGUCAAUGAAGUAUAGCAUCUGACUACCUCCUGCAUUGCUAGACCUCCUAAGUUCCCUCACAUUAACGUUUAAACUUUCGUUCAAGGCUCUGAAUAGCGUAUUGCUAAUACUUUUCAAGAAAGAGAGACCCAGGUGCGAUAGCACUUUGACAACGUGCAUAAUCAUAAUGGGCUAUCAUCCGCAAAGGUUGAGACGGAUCUGCCCAGAAACACCAUGGCCAGCGUUCGCGUUGCCAUUCUGACAGUCAGCGAUACAGCGUCAAAAGAUGUUACUGCAGACAAAUCUGGGCCUGUGAUCAAGGCUAUACUCUCUCAGCAUGGAUGUGAAUGCAAGUAUCUUAAUAUUGUUCCAGAUGAUGAAGAGAGAAUCCGCGAGACUGUAAGAGCAUGGUGUGCCGAAGGAACGAUCGACCUUGUCAUUACCACUGGAGGCACUGGCUUCGGUGUUCGUGAUAGUACCCCGGAGGCAAUAUCUUCAUUAAUUGAACGACCUGCACCAGGUCUUGUCCAUUUGAUUCUAGCAUACUCCCUUAAGCAGACUCCUUUUGCGGCCCUUUCACGUCCAGUAGCUGGCACGAUCGGCCAGAGUCUCGUCAUAACACUCCCGGGAAGCGUCAAAGCAGUCAAAGAGAAUCUCGAAGCCUUACUCACUGACGGUCUCCUUACUCAUGCCAUUGACCUCAUCAGGGGAGGCUCUGGCAAGGAAGUACAUGCUCGACUUGGCUCGACAGGUUUGGAAGAAGUGGGAACAUCACAUGGUCAUCCUGAACAUGAUCAUCACCGUCAUAUCCACAAACAUAGUCAUCAUAGUCAUGGACAAGACCAUGGGCAUGCGAUUCCGAAAUCGAGGACUACGGAACCUCUGUCGCAGGACCCUUCCGUAAAUGUUACUUCGCGUCAGAGAGUAUCACCUUAUCCUUUGGUCACCGUCAAGGAUGCUCUUAUCUCCAUCCUUCAAGAGGUAGGACCAUUACCGCCCGUGGAAGUUCUGGUAACGCCCAAACUUCGUGGUUGUGUCCUAGCGGAGGACAUUCAUGCCACUUUUGACAUCCCGACAACUUUCACAUCCAAUGUAGACGGAUACGCUCUACGCGCGAGCACACCUCCAGGUGUCUACCCAGUAAUAACAACACCUCUCGCGACCCUUCCUGAAGGCCGCGUCCUGUACCGCAUCAACACAGGCGCACCCCUACCUCUCGGCGCAGACGCAGUCAUCAUGGUCGAAGAUACCCGCGUCCACAGUACACAUAUCGAUUCUUCAGGUAGAAUGGAAGAAAAAGAUAUCGAGAUGCUGGCACAAGUGGAUGUAGGUGAGAACGUAAGGAAACCCGGGUCUGACGUAAAGCAAGGCGAAUUAGUACUUGAGAAAGGAAUGUUGAUCAGCAGUGCCGGUGGUGAGAUUGGAACCUUGGCGUUUGUGGGGAAGACUACGGUCAAAGUUUACUCUAAGCCCGUGGUCGCUCUCCUGAGCACUGGGAACGAACUUCGCGAUUUGCAUGCCAUCGAACCAAACCGUAACGACAUCAUAUGGGACACAAACAGGCCUUCCCUACAAGCUGCACUGGAAGGUAUGGGCUACGAAGUCGUCGACUUGGGCAUCGUGCCAGACGACCUCGACGCGCACUUAACCGCACUCAGGAAAGGCCUUGAAUCAGCCGAUAUAAUCAUAACAACGGGAGGUACAUCCAUGGGUACAGGUGACCUCCUCAAACCCGCCAUUGAACGUCACCUCAAUGGAACGAUCCACUUCGGUCGCGUCAGCGUCAAACCUGGUAAACCCACAACGUUUGCUACAGUCCCAACCACCGGUAGACCAACGGAACGCACCCCUAUAUUCGCGUUGCCCGGGAAUCCUGCGAGUGCGUUGGUGACGUUCCAUGUAUUCGUCGUACCUGCAUUGAGAAGGUUGACUGGGCUGACUGGCGAGAAGUGUCAUUUGCCGCGUGUGCGAGUACAGGUCCAAGACUCGAUGCCUCUCGACCCUCGACCAGAAUACCAUCGUGUGGUGGUUAUGUCCGAACCUGACGGUUUGAAAGCCUAUAGCACAGGUGGACAGCGUUCAAGCCGAGUUUCUAGUCUAGCUGGGGCGAACGGCUUGGUGGCGCUACCACCUCUGAAGGAGGGCGGACCUAGCAAGGUGCAUGCGGGUGAUUACCCGGAAGCGGUCCUCCUUGGAGAAGUCCAGUUGAAGCUUUAGAUGUGGAUUUGCCUAUAUGAAUGCAAACUUGCAGCGUCGUGCAUUACUUUCGCAUUUGACUCAAUUCCUAGCACGGGUGUGAGAAUGUGGAUCGAGGAUAAUGAGGUAGAGACGAACAAUCUCCUCGACUUCGAGUCGCAGCGCUUCGAGCUCUUUCUCAAGGCCUUCACGUUGCCUGGCAAGCAUCUGAACGCGCCUGGCGUCGAGUUUGCUCAUUCCCGCUGUGUUGAAUUUCCCUCGAGGUGGAGCGGUCUGUUGUUUUGAACCCUCAACCUAAGCCACGACACAAACGUGAACAACAUGUUUGAUAUAAAGGAUAAAGCUAAGCUGACCUUGGUC